AUUAUCAAAAACACAACUUCAACUCGAAUCUCAACAUCUCCUUUCUCCCUUUCAUUCAGUCCCUCCUUAGCCCAACAUGGCAUCAGCAACUCGUCUCCCCCUAAAAUCAAUUCUUUUCACAACCACGCUCGUAAUCAGCCUCGGCGCAUCCCGAGUCCGGCUUCGCAGCCUCGUUUUAAAAACAGUAACAGGACCCGGAAGCUACAGGCGCUUAGCAAUCCUCAGCAUCGUCCUCGCGAAUAUCAAAAACUUCCCCUCGGUCUGGCAUGUACGUAGUUCGCUCCCGAAAACCCAAGUUUCCACUAACAGGAACAGUAUCGAAUUUGGGCCGCAAUCCUACGCCAUUGUCUCUUCAAUAAACCGAAUAUCCCCUCCCACCUCGCGGCCUCGAGUCUCUUCCUCCCGGUGAUUUCGUCCUCCCGCGCUCCGCUGUGGGAAUGCGAUUACAACUUCCACAAAUCAAACUCGACGUACUUCUCUGAUUUAGACGUCACACGUUCGCACGCCAUCUGCGCGCUUCUCCAGCCGGGAAUCAAAGCUCUACAAGAAAACAAUCGUACGAAAUUGGUUCUCGACAAAGAGGGCAAGGCCGUGGGAGGAAGAUGGGGAAUUAUGCUAGGAGGCGUGAUGACGAGCUUCAAGCGCGAAAUCGGGAUCUACGAAGGCUACGAGAUGUGGUCGCGGGUUCUGUGCUGGGAUCGGAAGUGGAUAUAUGUUCUCACUCAUUUCGUGAAGAAGGGCGCGGUGAAACCUACGGCGUACAUUCUUGAAGAUGGGAGUUGGUUUGGGAAGAGGGGGUAUAGUAAGGUUAAGAGUGAUGGCAAGAUGAGGACCAAGAAGACGGAUGAGAAGGCUAUUUUUGCCACGGCCAUUUCGAAGUAUGUUGUUAAGCUGGGCAGGUUGACGGUUCAUCCUGAGGUUUUGCUUGAAGCGUCUGGGGUUUUGCCCGCUAGACCUGGUGGGUGGGCGACGAUGAGUGCUGCGUCUACGGGGCAGUCAACGCCUACCAUUCUUGUGGAGGGUCAAAAGGAGGAAACGGCACUGGUAGUCUCGGAAACGGAUGAAUGGGAUUGGAAAAGGGUAGAGGCUGAAAACAAAAGGGGCUUGGAAUUUGCUUCGCAUUUCGCAGCUCUUGAUGAACUACACCACGAGUUUUCAGGGAGUCAAGGUCCGGCGUUGGGAAAAUAUGCUACAUUUUUCUAAAAGUUCUGUUCGGUGUUUUGUUUUAUUAAAUUAGACUU